AUGUCCUACAAGCAGCCAUUGCUAAAUGCUGGGGCUGAUGUCAACCACGAGGGUGGCGUAUAUCAUACUGCGUUACAAAUCGCUUCACGAACAGGAAACCUUGCCUUGGUCACUCUGCUAUUACGGGCAGGAGCUAAGGUGGAGCUCGUAGGUGGUCGUCUCGGCACCGCUCUACAAGCAGCCGCCUACAGAGGAAUGGAGUCAGUCCUGGAGUUGUUGUUGGAUGCUAGUGCAGAUAUCAAUCAAACAUGCGGCGUAUACUGGACGGCUUUACAGGCCGCUGCUUUUCGUGGCCACGAAGCAGUGGUAAAGUUUCUUCUUGAGCGAAAUGCAGAAGUGAGUAUCGAAGGUGGGAAAUACCACAACGCUCUCAGAGCGGCACGGGUCGAGGUUCGUCGUAGGGUUAAAAUUGUUGAAAAGAUCCUUUUGGACAACGGAGCUAUCGAUACCUUCGUUCCUCCUGAGAAUGAAAUUGUAGACGGUGGCUAUGAUUGCUUUCCAUAUCUAAGCGACGAAGAGGACGAAUUCUAA